AUGAGGAAGUCGCUGCACCUCCUUUGCUCGCCGAGGUAUAAGGGUAUAAGGGAAGCCAUCCAGGCCCACAGGCGAGGUUGCCGGUGUCAGGGAACCCAGACCAAUCCUCACCAGAUCAAUAAUCCCCAGCCAGACCAAUCCCUCAGCCAGCCCAAUCCCUCACCCAGGCCAAUCCUCAGCCAGACAAUCCCUCAAGCCAGCCAAUCCCUCAGCCAGCCAAUCCCUCCCAGUCCCUCAGACAAUCCCUCAGCCAGACCAAUCCCUCAGCCAGCCAAUCCAAUCCCUCAGCCAGACCAAUCCUCCAAUCUCAGCCAGCAGGCCAAUCCCUCAGCCAGACCAAUCCUCAGCCAGGCAAUAGCCCCCAGCAGCCCAAUCCUCAGCCAGACUCAAUCCCUCAGCCAGCCAGCCAAUCCCUCAGCCAGCCAGCAAUCCUCAAUCCCAAUCCCUCAGCCAGAUCCCUCAGCCAGACAAUCCUCUCAGCCCCAGACCAAUCCCUCAGCCAGACCAAUCCCUCAGCCAGCCCAAUCCCUCAGCCAGCCCAAUCCCUCAGCCCAGGCCCAAACCCAUCCUCAGCCAGUCAUCCCUAGCCAGACCAAUCCCUCAGCCAGCCAGCCACCAAUCCCUCAGCCAGACCAAUCCCUCAGCCAGCAGCCAAUCCUCAGCCAGCCAAUCCCUCAGAGCCAAUCCCAGACCAAUCCCUUCAGCCCAGGGCCAAUCCCUCAGCCAGACCAAUUCCCUCAGCCAGCCCAAUCCCUCAGCAGCACCAACUCCCUCAGCCAGACUCAGCCAGCCAGCCAGGCCAAUUCCUCAGCGCAGCCCAAUCCCUCAGCCAGCCCAAUUCCCUCAGCCAGACCCAAUCCCUCAGCCCCCAAUCCCUCAGCCACCAAUCCUCAGCCAGAGCCAAUCCUCAGCCAGACCAAUCCUCAGCCCAAUACCAGUCACCAAUCCCUCAGCAGCCAAUCCCUCAGCCAGCCCAAUCCCUCCACCCAAUCAGGGCCCAUAUCAGCCAGCCCAAUCAGCCAGACCAAUCCCUCAGCCAGACACAGCCGCCUCAGCCAGCCCAAUCCUCAUCAGCCAGCCCAAUCCCUCAGCCAGCCCAGCCAGCCCAAUCCCUCAGCCAGCCAAUCCUCAGCCAGCCAAUCCCUCAGCCAGCCCAAUCCCUCAGCCAGCCCAAUCCCUCAGCCAGCCCAAUCCCUGCAGCAACCAAUCCUCAGCCAGGAAUCCCUCAAUCCCUCAGCCAGCCCUCAGCCAGACCCAAUCCCUCAGCCAGCCAAUCCCUCAGCCAGCCCAAUCCCUAGCCAGCCCAGCCCUCAGCGACCAAUCCCUCAGCCAGACCAAUCCCUCAGCCAGCCAGAUCCCUCAGCCAGCCCAAUCCCUCAGCCAGCCAAUCCCUCAGCCAGCCAAUCCCUCAGCCAGGCCAAUUCCUCAGCCCAGACCCAAUCCCUCACCCCCAAUCCCUCAGCCAGACCAAUUCCCUUCAGCUCAGCCAAUCCCUCAGCCAGCUCAUCCCUCAGCCAGCCAAUCCCUCAGCCAAUCCAGCCCAAUCCCCUCAGCCAGACCAAUCCCUCAGCCAGACCAAUCCCUCAGCCAGACCAAUCCCUCAGCCAGGCCAAUCCCUCAGCCAGACCAAUCCUCAUUCAGCCAGGCCAAUCCCUCAGGUCCAGACCAGAGUCAGGCAACCAGACAUCCCUCAGCCCAGGCCCAAUCCCUCAGCCAGCCCUGAAUCACCUCAGCCAGCAAUCCCUCAGCCAGCCCAAUCCCUCAGCCAGCCCAAUCCUCUCAGCCCCAAUUCCCUCAGCCAGGCAGGCCAAUCCCUCAGCCAGCCAAUCCUCAGCCAGACCAAUCCCAGCCAGACCAAUCCUCAGCCAGGCCCAAUCCCUCAACCAGACCAAGGCCAAGCCCAAUCCAUCAGCCAGCCAAUCCCAAGCCAGCCGCAAUCCUCAGCCAGCCCAAUUCCUCAGCCAGCCAAUCCCUCACCAGACGCAAUUCCCUCAGCCAGGCCCAAUCCCUCAAGCCAGCCAAUCCCUCAGCCAGGGCCAGGCGCCAAUCCCUCAGCCAGACCAGCCAGCCCAAUCCCUCAGCCAGACAAUUCCCUCAGCCAGCCAAUCCCUCAGCCAGACCAAUCCCACCAGCCAGGCCAGCCAAUCCUCUCAGCCAGGCCAAUUCCCUCAGCCAGACCAAUCCCUCAGCCAGCCCAGCAAUCCCUCAGCCAGCCCAAUCCCUCAGCCAGGCCAAUCCCUCAGCCAGACCAAUCCCUCAGCCAGGCCAAUCCCUCAGCCAGACCAAUCCCUCAGCCAGCCAAUCCCUCAGCCAGCCCAAUCUCAGCCCCAGCCAAAUCUCAGCCAGCCCAAUCCCUCCCAGACCAAUCCCUCAGCCAGCCAAGCCAGACCAAUCCCUCAGCCAGGUCCAUCCUCAGCCAGACCAAUCCCUCAGCCAGCCCAAUCUCAGCCAGACCAAUCCCUCAGCCAGCCCAAUCCCUCAUCAGCCAAUCCCUCAGCCAGCCCCAUCCCUCAAGCCACCCAAUCCCUCAGGCCAUGCCAAUCCCUCUCAGCCAGAAUCCAGCCAUCCCUCAGCCAGAGCCAAUCCCUCAGCCUCAGCCAUCCCUCAGCCAGCCAAUCCUCAGCCAGACCAAUCCCUCAGCCAGCCCAAUCCCUCAGCCAGCCCAAUCCCUCAGCCAGACCAAUCCCUCAGCCAGACCAAUCCCUCAGCCAGACCAAUCCCUCAGCCAGACCAAUCUCUCGACCCUUUGUUUGA